UGUGUUUUUUUUAAGUGUUACCUGAUAAAAAAAAUUUUGAUUUUCAAUGUGAUGGUGCACACUUCAGAAGCAACCUCAGCGUAGUAUUUUAAACUGCGUCAUCCCGUGCGCAACUGGAACAUUUGGGCCUUUUAACCCUUUCAACACGAUUUCUCAUUUCUCCGUGUUGUUCGGCUUAGCAUUUCCUUCGUUACGCAUGAAACCAGUGUUUAAGUUUUAUUGGCAUUAUAACAUUAGCCGAUACUAUGGAAGGCAUUGACGAUAAGUGUUUCUUUGAUGGACAGCCUUGGUUGAUGCUGAUGGCUGGAAGCAAGCUAUAGCCUUCCUCAAGAACUUGCGUGUUCUUGGCUAUAAGCUAUAAUUUGCCAAACGCCAGGAGGAACUUGCGCUGGUAGCUACUCUACAAGGUUAUAUACUAAAUUAUUCGCAUUUUUGGUUUUCUUUGCUGACAUUGCCACUCCACUUCAGAUAUACGGAGACUGCAGGCAGAGUGAAAUAUAUUCAAAGUUGAGCUACGUCAUUGGCUUUUUCUAAUUCGUGCAUUGAAAUCUCAUUUGAAACGUUUGUGAAAAACUGUGACAGUCGUUCAUAGCGAGUGUCAGUUUCCGUCUCAGUAAUCACUAUUGAAUAUUGGUGUCCAAGUUUCAGUUGGCCAGAGUGAGAAUCGUGAACAGGAAAUUUAAACAAGGUGUAAUGGGAAGUGUGUUGUUACUCCCACUGGCAUUUUCACUCACGCUCAGUGUGAUUUUCUUUUGUGCCAACUUCUCAACGAUGUGGCUCGAUGGCGAUAAGACGACCCAAACACCAUGCCUGCCAUGAAUCAAGCAAAUCUGCAGAUAUUCUAUCGAUCGUUUUUAGAUGACACACUACCGCCGUGCAAUAAUGGCUUCCUCGACAAGAAAAAUUACCUCAAUCCACCCUGCCACGCAAAAUCGUUUGAAAUUGGGGACACUGUCAAAUGCAUCGAUAGACUUUUUGUACCGAACGCUAGCCAAAGAAAUAUUGAGGAACAGUCUAUGCCAUAUCUUGUGCACUUUAUUUUCGUUGGUGACUCCACAAUACGUCAACAUUUCUACAACUUCCUUAAGUUCCUGCCGGACUACGACCUCGAAUACGAUCUACCGAUCGGUUCGAAACGCGGAAAAAUUCACACGGACGCGAAUGUAACGAGCCGCAUAUUAAAUUUCCGCGCUUCUUUUCAUUGGGAACCGGGAUUUUCAAACAGGACGAACGAGAUUUUUUCGCAAUGGACGUCCAAAGACGAUGUUGUCAAAGUAAUAGUUAUCGGUAUGUCCUUACAUCACAUCAUGCACCUGCAAGAAGACAAGUCUCAAUAUUCAAAGUUUAAGACAGGAUUGACUGAUCUCAUGCCAAUUCUGGAACGUGUCGCUAAACAUAACAAAGUUAUUUGGGUAAAGCAGUACACCGCCAUCGACAAUCCUUUUAUAUCCAGAAUCUUUUACAAUCACAUGAGCAACUUGGUUCAGAUCAGGCCAUCCAUUUAUCAGUUCAAUUCAUUGAUUGACAACAUCUUAAGGGACAGUGGGAUCACCCUGUGGAAUAAAGGUGAUUGGAUCGUUGAUGGAUACAUCCGUAGUUAUUUCAUCCUACCACGUUACGAUCUUGAAUUUACGGGAAAGGCUCUGGUCUCUCCGAUAUCACCUACGUCCUUGGCGAACCUCUUUCUAAUUUCGCUUUCUUUAACUAUCUCUAUAACGGAACUUAACGCAUCCUUUCGACCUCCAAAACAACUG